ACAAUUUCCUGAGUGUUUCUCGCGGCGUUCCUUAGCCCCCCAAUACAAUUCGCGUCCACCGUUCAUUAUCUCCACCUCGGGCCGCAAGAAAAAAAACCCUCCUGUCUCUAAAAAACUGGCGUUGCACUCCCAAAAAUUCCUGAAGCUCUCGAAAUCCCCUGAGCCUCCAGAACCUCCAGAAUUUGCCGCAUCUCGCGAGAAUAGUUUCGUGAAAAUGGGCGCCGAUCGCCUGUCUCUCAGUGAGUGAAUCCAUCCCUCGGUGAUCCCAAACAAGUGCACAACCCCCGAAAAUGUCCCUCAGCCCCUGGAAAAUUGGCCUGAUUGUGCCCCUAACAAUUGCCUCCCUGAUAUGUGUUGAGAAUGCGGGAACUUCGGGACUGGACAUGACUGACGAGCUGGAGCAUCACGGGAGAUGCGAGCCGAUAACGAUAAACCUGUGCGUGAACCUCCCGUACAACCAGACGAUGAUGCCCAACCUCCUGAAGCACCAGAAGCAGGAGGAAGCAGGUCAGGAAGUCCAUCAGUACGCGCCUCUAGUGAAAGUAGACUGCAGUCCCGACCUCAAGUUCUUUCUCUGCCUGAUGUACGCACCGGUCUGCACGAUUCUCGAGAGGCCCCUGCCCCCAUGUCGCUCGAUCUGCGAGAGGGCGCGUGUUGGUUGCGAGGGGAUCAUGCGGAACUUUGGCUUCCAGUGGCCCCCGAGUCUCGAUUGCUCGAAAUUACCGGAGUACGGGGAGGACCCCGAGGUGCUGUGCGUGGGGAACAACGAGACGAGUCCGAGAAUCUCCACAACUAUCCAGCCACCCCUGAGGGUGCCACUACCUGAGUUUCAGCCAUCGUGGCACGGGCUGAAGCCCUAUGGGGACCUCCUGGGGGCCCGGGACCAUGGCUUCGUCUGCCCAAUUCAGUUCAGUGUUCCUGAGGAGCAUGGCUACUCCCUCAAGGUCGGUGGCAAGGUCGUGAGAAACUGCGGGGCGCCCUGCGAUGGCAUGUUCUUCUCGGAGCAGGAGAAGAGGUUCUCCAGGGCGUGGGUGGGCACGUGGGCUGCCCUCUGCGCUGGCUCAUGCUUCUUCACCUUCCUGACGUUCCUCAUUGACACUGAUCGCUUCAGAUACCCAGAGAGACCAAUAAUAUUCUUGUCAGUCUGCUACCUGAUGGUGGCCCUGGUCUACGUUGUGGGAUGGGCAUCAGGGAACACAAUAUCAUGCAAAAAACCCUUUCCCCAUCCCCCCGAUGUCCAGGUCCAGAUGGUGUCGACAAUCACCCAAGGGACCAAGCACGAGUGGUGCACACUGUUGUUCAUGGUUCUCUACUUCUUUGGAAUGGCUUCUAGUAUUUGGUGGGUCAUACUCACCCUCACCUGGUUCCUCGCUGCUGGACUGAAAUGGGGACACGAAGCCAUUGAAGCUAAUUCACAGUAUUUUCAUCUUGCUGCUUGGGCUGCGCCCGCCAUCAAGACUGUUACUAUUCUUGCUAUGGGAAAGGUCGAAGGUGAUAUCCUGUCAGGCGUCUGCUACGUGGGUCUCUGGAACGUUGAAGCCCUUCGUGGUUUCGUUCUGGCCCCCCUCUGCGUGUACCUCGUCCUGGGAACAAUAUUCCUUCUCGCUGGCUUCGUCUCCCUCUUCCGCAUCCGCACAGUCAUGAAACACGACGGAACCAAGACUGACAAGCUCGAAAAACUCAUGAUUCGCAUUGGAAUAUUCUCAGUUCUCUACACAGUGCCAGCCCUCAUAGUUAUCGCCUGUCUCUUCUACGAGCAAGCCUACUUCGAUCACUGGAUGCUCACCUGGAACAUGGAGAUGUGCUCGAGACCACUGCCACAGUCACUUUACUCCAUUCCCUGUCCAGUGGGUGAACGCACCAGGGAUGUGGGUUAUCGUCCUGAGUUCGAGGUCUUUAUGAUCAAGUACCUCAUGGCCAUGAUCGUGGGCAUCACCAGCAGCUUCUGGGUGUGGUCCAACAAGACUUUGACCACCUGGAGGCAGUUCUUCAAUCACAUACGGGGACGACGUGUCGAGGCUUACGUGUAGCAUUAUUAAGGAUGAUUAUUCUUCAAUUGUUUUGGAAUUGAAAAGAAAAAAUGCUCGUGAAAAAAUUUUUUUGCAUACAACUUUU